GAGUGCGAUAUGCACAUAUCUUCGCAAGCAGCGAGCAAAAAAAUAUGCAUCAAAUUAGUUUUUUACAUUCAAUUAAUAAUUAAUAAAUAGAAAAAAGUUAGUCAAGCCAUAUUAACAAUAAGCAUGGCAUCCGCAACGGUAAGAAAUGUGCCAUUACUGGACGAUGAUACGAUACCCUUUGGAGAGGAGGAUGAGAUGCGUGAUCCGAGCACCGCAGCUCAAAAAUACACUCAUCCUUAUGUGACCUUCUUCCAUUUGUUCUUCCGCGGCGCCUCCAUUGUUAUUUACAUCUUCUGCGGCUGGUUCAGCGAUUCCUUCAUCACCAGUUUCGUGUUUGUAGUGCUCUUUUUGUCCGCCGAUUUCUGGACGGUGAAGAAUAUCUCGGGUCGUCUCUUGGUCGGCUUGCGCUGGUGGAAUUAUGUCGACGACGAGGGCAAAUCGCAUUGGGUUUUCGAGUCGAAGAAUUCUUCCACAUUCCAGAGUCGCAUCAACAAACACGAGCAGCGCAUUUUCUGGCUGGGAUUGAUAUUGUGUCCCCUUUUCUGGGGUCUCUUCUUUCUGAUGGCUCUGUUUGGGUUGAAAUUCAAGUGGCUGUUGUUGGUCAUGAUUGCGAUUGCGCUGAAUGCGGCCAAUUUGUAUGGCUAUGUCAAGUGCAAUUAUGGAGCUAGCAAGGAUUUGAACAGUGCUGCCACCGAUUUCGUCAAAACGCAACUCUUCAAGAACGCUGUCGAUAUUAUGACAAAACCCUCGGGAACACCACAACCACCGAUAAACGUGCGUCCGACGGGAAUUGUCUAAAUGCGAAUACGAACUUCAUUCUUGCCCCAAAAGAAUAUUUAGUGUGUAUGCUGUCAACUGUAAAAUAUGUAAAACUUAAUUUAGCAUUAAUUUUUCAUACAUUUACGCUGCUUUCUAUUGAGUAAAGGACAUAUUAAUGUACUGAA